AACAAAGUGAAUAAACAAACGCUUCUCAAAGUUCACGAACGAUUUAAUUAAAUCCACUUGUCGCACGGAGUUGCAAAAACUAAUAAAAAAAACUGCGCAUUUGCAUAAGUAGUACGGACAAAAACACGUUCAGCGAUGCUAGCACCGGCGUAAACAAGAUAAAGAAACUUUCACGUUGCAAUGUUGCAUGGUUGCAACUGUAAGUUAAGGUGCAACGUGUACAACACGCAAAUGCUUUCUGCGCCGCAGUGUGUUGCCCUAACACAAACACGAACACGUAUAAUUACGUACCACGUACGAUAAGAUGCAUCGACGAUGUGACGUUGUCAGUUGUCAUGCCACCGAUAUAAGGAUUAUAAUUUGUAUGCACCCUGCACGAAUCGUGCAGUCAGCUUUGUUGAUCUAAAUGACGCGUUCAUGCGAUCUUUUCCGCGAGUGAUCUGUGCAGCGUGUCGAGUGUAGUGGGAUGUUCUCUUCUUGAUAAUAGUGUCCCGUUUACUUUUAAGGUUAUACCAUGGGACGAGUAGGUUAAGACGGUUUUAGAAAAAGGAAGAAAUCAGUGCCAAUGUAAAUAGCAUUUGGCAACCGACACGUAUCCACCGAGUCAUGGCCGAUGAUGCCAUCACGCCGCAUGUCGCCUCUUAUGAUUAUCUUAUGGUGAACGCAGAGAAUGCCCAAAACUCUUCCCGUGAAAGACGCAUAAAAAAAAGUACAAUGCCUUCAGAAUUCCGUUUGGUCAGCCGAAGUGACUGGAUCACAGUUGGCGUACUAUGCUUCGUGAAUUUAAUCAAUUAUAUGGAUCGUUUCACGAUCGCUGGUAUGUUGGACAACAUAAAGAACGACUUUAAAAUUCGCAAUGACGAAUCCGGAUUGCUGCAAACUGCAUUUAUUUUAAGCUACAUGGUGUUCGCUCCGCUGUUCGGGUACUUGGGAGAUCGGUACAACAGAAAGAUUAUAAUGAGCAGUGGUGUGUUCCUAUGGUGUUUGACAACAUUUAUUGGCUCCUAUAUGAAGUCAUUUGGAUGGUUUCUGAUGUUCAGGGCACUAGUAGGUAUUGGCGAAGCUAGUUAUUCGACCAUAGCCCCUACAAUAAUAAGUGACCUAUUUGUUAAAGAUAUGAGGUCUAAGAUGCUGGCAAUUUUCUAUUUUGCCAUACCAGUCGGAAGUGGACUGGGAUAUAUAGCAGGAGGUGAAACUGCAAGAGUUACCGGAGUGUGGCAAUGGGGUUUGAGGAUCACUCCUGCAUUGGGCAUAAUAGCAAUUAUUUUAUUACUUGUGUUAGUAAGAGACCCUAUCAGAGGGGAGAGAGAAGGUGGGGUUCAUUUGACGAGCACUGCAUGGUCCAGUGACAUCAAGGAAUUAUUAAAAAAUUCAAGCUUUAUGUAUUCUACCGCUGGAUUUACGUGUGUAGCUUUUGUAACUGGUGCACUGGCAUGGUGGGCUCCAACGUUCUUGCAGCUGGCAUUCGCAUUGCAUCCCAAUUCGAGUAACGUUGAUCCGGACGAUGUAUCAUUCAAAUUUGGAUUAAUAGGCAUGGCAUCCGGUCUAAUAGGAGUACCGUUAGGCUCGUUCAUAGCCCAGAAACUAAGGUUGCACUGGGCCCAUGCUGAUCCACUAAUUUGUGCUGUGGGACUUUUGAUCAGUGUACCGCUGCUGUUCUUUGCUACUGUUACUGCCAACACAAAUGCUGCUCUGUGUUACACGUUAAUAUUUUUUGGACAGUUAUCGUUGAACUUGAAUUGGUCUAUCGUAGCAGACAUACUCCUGUAUGUGGUGAUACCAACGAGGAGAUCCACUGCUGAAGCCUUCCAAAUACUUAUCGCGCAUGCCUUUGGGGAUGCAGGCAGCCCUUACCUUAUUGGUUUGUUGUCGGAAGGACUGAAAACGGUUCUUCUUCCAAGCUUGGCUGUGGCUCGUACGAUGAAGCCGCCACCGAUAGAUCCAUCGAUUAAUACCCUCGUCGAAUUUCGCAGCUUGCAAUACGCGUUGUUCAUGACGAUGUUCGUGGAGAUAAUCGGAAGCCUGUUCUUCUUUAUGACUGCAUUGCACAUACAGAAAGACAAGGCGAUAGUCGAUCUCACCAUAGCAGGUGAAAAUACGUCGGAUUCGACGUACAUAUGUAACGAGGAAACGGAAAUCGAGGCGCAGGAGGACCAGCAGAAACCAUGAUUGGGAAAUACCUAAGGUAUUUUGCCAUAACUAAUAAACUAAGCAAUAGAACGGGCUGCUGUUUUGUUUCUAUGAGAAAUAUUCUUUAACGCGAGAAUAGAUACGUUCGUAAUAAACAUCACAUCUCAAGUGACACCAGGAUUAAACUGUCCUAGAUAUAAAACAGGCAUGGUGGGGACAAAAUGAAUUUAAACAAUGUCAUUAAUUUCUAACAUCUUCGAAGACUCGCUUAUUAACACUUUGCUUACUGGUCGCUCAGCGAUCUUUUCAAAGAUCAAAAUUUCUCACCGGAGAAUCUAUUUUAGUCCGAGAUGAGAGGACGUUAAAAAGAUCCUAGGCUGCAUUUUGAAUAAAUUUUUAAGGAAUAAUGAAAUACCGAAUGAAGCGUUAGAACUGUACCACUUUGUAUAAUUUCAAAAAAAAUCCUUUUGUCAUAGUAUUCCACACACACAGAAAUCUUUGUUCGCAUAGGCGUUUAAAAUGUUCUUUUCUGUCGACAACACUCUCGUUGAAAAGUCUACCCGGCGUCCGGUAAUUGAAGUGUGAAAAAUGUACAGAAAUUAGUGGGUGUGCGAGGAUUCUGGAAUGCUGGGCAUUUUUUUUAACGACCAGUACGGAUUCCCGUAAGUAUGGUAAACCCGAGAUUCCUGACUUUUAAAAAUAUUUAUGACUUCCGGGUUUUUGGGAACGUGUUCAGGGUUUUCGCGCGCCUAGAAGCAACGCGCUCGUGCUUGCUGGAGGAUAUAUUUAAUUAGGUUUAACGUUAUUUAAUAAGCUAUAUAAUAGUACUUAUAAACGCUAUAUUUUUAUAGUAGAGUAUCUCUCCAACGAAAAUACGUUAUUCUUGUGUGGUAUGUAAAAUAAACAUUUCUUGAACGUGUCCUGUAACGAUACCGAAACUUUAUUAUAAACACUUGGUACUUACAGUGAAUUCAGGAUAACUUGAACUAUCUCUACGAGAUUUAGUACCGGAAUUGCGGAUCUUCUGGAUCUUUGAUCGUACGGCGAGAACUUCGAGCGAUUUUCAAUGUAUACAUUUGCGAUUUUUUUCGGGACCGGUGCUUCCGGCGUUAACAAGGUAAUUGCGUUACGCUAUUGCGUCGCUCCCGAAGAAUCAGUUCGUUGAAUAUGAACUUGUUGUACGCCGAGAUUGCGUUGGCAGUGUUAAUAUUUGAUGAAGAUAAGUCGCGCCUCGGUGUAACUCGUGGACAAUGCAAAACACGCGUAAAUAGAGCGAGGUGGAUCGUCGCAGAUAAAACAUAGUUUCCAGAGCGCUUUUUACUGCUGCGAUCGUUUUUUUUCUUCUUUUUUUGGGGAAGUCGGUGCUGAUAAAUAAAAGCGCGUCAGUUUUUCCUACUCUCCGAACACGUCGCGUUUCAUGAGUGUUUGCAGUGUAUUUUCGACAGUGAUUGUAGUGCGCUAUCGGUGAACAAAAUACGAGGAAACGGCCGAAUCUAACGAGCUCAAUUUUUCUGCAGGUAUUUGAGAUAGUAGCACGAAUUUUUAUAAGAUAUUUCGUUUAAAAUUGUGAAUGUUGUGUGUUUAUUGAAUUCUAAGACCUUGUCGCGAGAAAUGUGCCCAAUCGCGCGCAUCCAAUCCGGCUAUUGUAUAAAAUAGAUCCAAUCGAUAGAUUCUUUUAUCAAAAUUCAUGCUAUUACUUCGAUCGUUUGUAAACGCAUAUGUAAAAUUUCCGGUUUCUUGGCUCGGUCGUUUUCUUAAAAUCAAUUCCCUGGGUCGCUCCUUUAAGGGAUCAUCUUGCGCGUGUGUGUAUGUGUGUGGAAUUAAUUCGUAGGAAUUUGUUCCCCCGAGAAUAAUAAAGUUAAAGAAAAAUUUGGAA